GGUAGGCUAUAACAAGGGGAGGAGGCGGAGGCGGGAGGCCAUUUUAUUCUACGAAAUUGAACAUUAUUCACAUUAGGUGAAGCGUUUCUCCCGAGUUGUCGCCUGUGCGUAACCUACAGGUGUAACGCUGUCAGGCGACAGUCAUGACGCAUAACUAGCAUAUUCUUCAGCACUGUGGAUAAUAACGGCUAUCAAAAUGAAGAAAGGAUUUUUGGGUCGAAAGAAUCAGUCUUUAUUCGACACCAGCGUCCAAAUGAAAGACGUGGGAGUCGAUCAUUAUGACUUGGUGUUGGACGCUAAAGCAAUUCCCGAAUCGGGCACAGCCAAGGUUCGAUCCAGGCCCACAGUCAACUACUUCAACUCACACGGGUCCACUGAUGCCAUGCAAGGCUUUGCAGUUCCAACUCCAAAAGUGCCUGUCCUUCUACCCCUGAACGGACCGACAACAAAUGGAAUAGGAAGCACCCCACAUCUUGCUAAUGGUGGAAUGAUUGCAGUCGACGAUGAGGAGGAAGGUGAAAUCCUCAUACCUGCUCCUCCAUCAGUGGCUCCUCCUCCACCCCCACCCCAGUUCAUCCCACCCUCACCAGGCUUCGUAGCUCCACCCCUUUCAUUCGUUGACAUCCCCCCAGAGCUGGCUUCUCUCCAACCACCACCUAUGCCUGCGCCCAAACCUCCAACACCGGUUCAAAAUGAGGAUGAGAUUGACUUUGCUUCUCUGAAGCCUCCUGCAAUGCCACCUCCGAAGCCUCCCUCGGACACAUCUAGCACAAACAGUGUCAAGAUUUCCACGCCUAUCAGCAUGCCUCUGAAUGAUCCUUCAGAUGUGCCUGAAUGUCCAAAGUUUACCCCCCCUCCGCCACCUGUUAAACAGCAGCCUUCAGCGCCCCCAAAGACUCUAAAGACACCCCCGCCAAAGCCUGUGCGGAUGUCCUCUAUUCAGAACAUUGACAUUGCGUCUUCCUCUUCAGCCCCUGCAGCUGUGCCCUCGAGCUUCAACCCCCAGAACACAGCUAAGGUCUACAGUAUACCCAAGACCACUCUCCUGAGUGGCGGCAUGGACCGAGAUAUGAGACCCAAGUCCAUUCUCCUUCUUGAGGACUCUAAAGGUGACACAGUUCAGGUUGUCAAUGGUGGGGGCUCCAAAACAGCAAGCCCUGCUCAGACGCCUCUGCCUCCGACUAAACCAUUUCGAAGAGCGAGCUCAGGCCUCCAGCUGGAAAAGGACUUGAAGGAUCUCAAAGACAACUUGACAGCCACUUUACCGGCGGCUAAUACACCAAAAACACAAACUGUUGUGGCCAAUACACCAAAACCGCAAACUGUUGUGGCCAAUACACCAAAAACUCAAACACCCCCAAAUGCUAUUCCUACCCCUCCAAAACCAGCAAUGACACCUCCUAAAUCUUCCCCUAAAUUACAAAAAAUGCAGCAGCAGAUGCAGCAAAAUCCAACAGAUCCAGUUCCACAAGGAACAAGCCAGGUAAAUGUGCAGGAGGACUCAAAAGAAAAACCCCGUCAGUAUAGUCCUUUACUUACCCACAAAUUACACAACCUUAAAGCAAAUGAAAGUCCAGGGACAAAAGAAGGCGUUACAUCUCCAUUGGCCCUACUGAUGGCUGCUAAGGAACGAGACCGACGCCAACGUUCGACUUUGUCCCGAGAAAAUAGCAACAAGAGCAGCCGAUCUGACGAGCUUCCUGUCAAGGCAACUAUUCAGCCCAGCGAAUCGAAACCCAAUUCCUUCACUGUAAUCCCCAAAUCCACUUCAUCUGCAUCGCUAACCUCUCUUGAAAAACUGAAACCUGAGCUCUCUGCUCAGCCAGGGGCUACAGUGCCUCAAGCUCAAGGCCAGGGCACCCCAUCGCAGGUAAGAAAGCCUGUUGCUAAGGAAGAAUCGACACCUUCCGUGCCUCCGACAGCUACAUCUUCCUCCCCUAGUAUUGUUAACAAGAAGGUUGGGGUAACUCUGGAAAACAGACCAAUACCAACGCCAGCACCCCCUCCGACUCGAGCUCCAGCUGCACCAGCAGUUCCAGCACCACAUCCAACUCCAGUUCCACCAGCUCCUGCAGUUCCAGCUCCAACAGUUCCGAUUCCACCAGCUCCAACAGUUCCAGUUCCAUCAGCUCCUGCUGUUCGAGUCCCAACAGUUCCGAUUCCACCAGCUCCAACAGUUCCAGUUCCAUCAGCUCCUGCUGUUAAAGCCCCAACAGUUCCGAUUCCACCAGCUCCAACAGUUCCAGUUCCACCAGCUCCAACAGUUCGAGCUCCACCAGCUCCUGCAGUUCCAGCUCCACCAGCACCAGCUGCAGCCGUUACAGCUCCAGCGCCACCCUCCCCCAAGGAUCAGGAGAGUGGAGAGGACUUGUCUAUUCCCUUCAUUCCACCGCCCCCAGAGUUUGCCAACUCUGAUUCUGAGGACGCGGAGGGUCCUCCCAACACACCUCCUCCCGAUCCCCCCUCAAAGACUGUAAUACCUCCCAUUCCUCCAUCCCCAGUGGCAAUGCCUCCCAAGCCUCCUUCAAAGGUGCCAAUUCCUCCACCCCUGCCACCACCUGCUAAGGAUCCACCAAGUAAUGCUGCCCCCAUUGCAAAACCACCUCCUACUGCCCAAAAACCAAAACCACCACCAACUGCACCCCAUCUUGCCACUGUGCUAGGGGAGAUGAAAGUCAAAAUGGCCCAGCAGACCAAGCCAAACCCCCCUUCAAACCUUCCCACGACACCUUCAUCUGCCAGCCAAGCCACUCUCCUCAGUAUUCUGCAGAAAAAAAUGCUGGAGAUGGACCCAAAGUUGUCAGUGCCAGUGAAAGAGGCAGAUAACAAUACAGACGAAUGGGGCACCACACAGUCUGAUGAAGAGGGGGGUAUUCCAACACCGCCAAAACCUUCUCCCAAAGCAGCAGCAAAGAGCAACACGCUUCCACCCCCGACUCGAGGUCUUGACCUGCGGGAACUUGAGACCAGAGUGGCGAAGAAGGCGGCUGCAAAUGAAGCAGCAGCAGCAGCAUCAAAACCUCCCUCAAGCAACGGAGCGGCAAAGCAACCUUUUGGGAUGACAUUCACAGUGCGACCUGGUACCAAACAGCCAAUCACUGUCGUCAGUAAAGGAGAGUCAUGAAGUUUAUAACAACAACCCAUGAAGACACUGCUGCACCAGGAGUAAAUAUCCUGCAAUGGACACGCACCUGUGCCUUUAUAAAGAUCAACAUGACCAGCCAUUAACACUCUUUCUCUUUAGUAUGACAGAAGGGGAAAGUAAAGAACCUUGAAGAAUUUGUCAGCCUUCCAAUAGUCUGCUGUUGAGGUAAACGGCAGGACGUUUUCCCCUUUGUUGUUUAACCUCUCAAUGUCGAACACAUUCCAGCCCUCUGCUCAAGUGCUAAAGUUCUUCGGCUGUGUCAGAUGUGUCUAGUGGCACGGCUGUUGACUUCAGAAGGUUAAAGAAGCCUUAUCACACUCAGUGAGCACAGCCUUAUGUUUUUCUUCCAACCCACCCACUAGUUUUUGAAAAAAAGCUGGCCCAGUACUGUCAAAGCAAUUACAUGCCCAGUCACUUCAACAGAUACAGGGAAGUUAUGUGGAUGUCCAGAUGUCAAUGUCUUCCAUAUAUCAGUGUCUGUUUGUUUAAUGACUGUCAAUAUAAGGAAAUGUUUUUUCGACAGCAAAGGUAAUGGGAAAAAAUAGGUCACCUGUCUAUCCAGUGCCUUUAAGCCGAAGUAUGAGGUUGGUUCAUUUUGAACUAACGUGCUUGAACUGCCUUUAUACUACCAUCUUUACAAUAACUAUCAAUUAUAUGAAACUGGACUUUUCUAUCCAAGCCUUUACAAUGUACAUAUUCUAGUCUCACGGCCGACACAUGUAAAUAGCAAAACACUUGGAUAUGAAGGAUAUAGGCCUUGAGACUGGACUAGGUACUGCACUUUCCUUCUCCUUGUCAGAAGUAAUAACCAUUCUCUCAGCAAUAAUUGUAUAUUUUUAAGAACAAAGACUCAUUAAAACGGUACUCCAAGAGGA